AUGGCAUCCAUAGAGAGUCUCACAUUGACCAUCACGAAGCAGGCCUUCAAACUAUCGUCAUUGCUUCACGAGCAAGGCCUUGCUGCUCCCACCCUAGACGAGGCAAGUUAUGGUGAUUUCGCUACAGAAGCCGACACUCCUACGGGGAAAGCCCUGCGAGAAGCUCGUAGUGGGAUUCUCGACGCCGCGCAGGACCUGUGUCGGCUGGUGAGAGGACAAACGGAGCAGGUCUUGACAUUGGCUUGGUCGGUGGCAGACACAGCCCAUCUGGACCUCAUCACCAGAUUAAAACUGCCCCAGAAGGUUCCUCUCGGGUCCUCGAUCUCUAUCUCCGAGUUGUCCAUGGCAACACGCGUCUCCGAGUCUCUCCUAGCUCGCGUACUGCGGUAUUCAAUCGCCAAUGGGAUAUUCGUCGAGGAGUCCCCCAAUAUCAUCUGCCAUUCGGCCACCUCGGCAGCCUUAGCACGCACUCCGCACCUGGUCAACAUUGUACAUUUCGGCACGGAGUUCCUGGGAGGUAUCCUGAUGAAGACGCACGAGUAUGUGGUGCAGAAGCGGGACGAUCCGGAGAAUGCCGCGCACGCUGCGUUCAAUAUCGCCUACCAGACCGAUCAGCCCCUGUUCGAUUAUUUCCAGGGUAACGCAGACCUGACGAAGAAAUACCACGAGUAUCUGGCCGGACGCGUCAACACCCCGCUGUGGUCCGUUGGAGGAUCGAGCGGACAUACUCUGCAGUCUCUGGCGCCGCUCAUGCCGUCAGCAACGUUCAUUGUGCAGGAUAGUAACCUGUCUGCAUUAGAGAUGGGGCGCCAUGCCGUGGCUGACUCCAAGGACGAUUCCUCCUUGCUGUCGCGGACCACGUUCAUGAAACACGAUUUCUUCACGCCCCAGCCCGUUCACAAUGCUGAUAUCUAUAUCUUCCGACACAUUUUACAUGAUUGGAAUGAUGCGGAUUCAGUCAGGAUCCUCUCUGCUCUCCUCCCGGCGCUGAAACGGGGUGCUCGGGUUCUUAUCAGUGAAGGGAUUCUUCCAGCGCCGCCGGCACAAAGACUAAACACGCUCGCUAGGAAAAUGAUCCGGAUCGAGGAUAUGUUCAUGCUGGCUGCGCACAACGCUCAUGAACGCAGCGUGGCGGAUUUGGAGUCCAUAUUCGAGCAGGUGAAACCUGGGGGAUUCCACCUGGCAGGCGUCACGUCAGGAACAGAGGCUGGGGCGUUCCAGUCUUUGUUGGAGUUUGAGUUUCUUGGAUAG